AUGUCCGAAUUAUUUAAUAGAUAUCAACAAUCAAGAGCAAAAAGAGGAAUUGGAGUUGAUCCAAUAUUAUCGUCAACUACAAAUAGACCAAAAACAACAGCAUCACCAUCACUACAUCCAAAAUUAUCAUCAGACGGUUAUAAACCAUCAUCAUUAUAUCAUGACAUUUAUAAACCAUCUACAUAUCAAGACAAUCAUAGAUCAUCAACAUCUAUUCCGUACUCCGAACGAAUAAUGACAAAAGAAAAGCCAAAUGGAUAUGAUUUUGAAAAACCAAUGGCUGGUUCUUAUUUAGGUUCACCUAUUAAAAAUUUAAAUGGAUCAUCAUCUAGAAGAGAUAAAGUCAAAGAAAGACAUUCAUCAUUAUAUAAAACAUUAAACUCAUCUGAUUUGAUUGAUAAAUAUAGAAUAUCAAAGAAUGGCAAAUCAAAGGCAGAUAAUGGAGGAAUACUAUCUAAAUUAGUCAAUUAUUUCACACAUAAUGAAAAUGAAGAAGAUUUUAAUAAUCUACAUCAAUCAGCUAGAAAGGCAUUGAACUUGAAUAGUCCAAAAAGAGAUCGUUAUACUUCAAGAAUGGGAGUUUUUAAUGACGAUAAUGAUAAAGUUGAUGAAUUAAUCAACCAUACAAAAGAAUUGGAACAUAAAAAUACCAUAAACAGAAUAAAAUCAUUAGAAUUAGAACUAAGGGAAAGUAAGAAAAUUAUAAUUGAAGAAAGAGAAGAGAAUGAGAAAUUGAAUAAUGAAUUAAAAGAUAUCGAUGCACUGUAUAUGAAAAGGCUCAAGAUUUUAGAACAAGAGAAUGAAAGUUUAAGAACGAGUGAAUAUAAGUACAAACAAGAUUUACAAGAACUAAAAAAGCAUUAUGAUGAUGAAAUUUCAAAUAUUUUGGAAACUCAUGAACUUGAAUUAAACAAAUUGGAACAAGUUCAUUUAAAACAAUUGAGUAAAUUUAAAAAUACCGAUUCUGAACUAAUUACUAAAAUCAAUACUUUAGAAGAAACUAUAUUUGAUUUAAAUUUUGAGUCAAACCAAUUAAAGAAGGAAAAUGAAAAACUUCAUUUGAAAAGCAUUAAUCUUGAAAUUGAAUUAUCAUUAAAAGACAAAUUAAGAAUUUCGAUGAUUUCAGAUAAUGAAUUAGAUUUGUUAUAUAAAGAAUCGUCAAAAAUUGAUUUUGAAAUAGAUAAAUUAGAAAAAGAGAAACUUGAAUCAUCAAUUGAUAAGGAUUAUUUUGCAAAUAAAUAUUCUAAAACAGAAACAAAUAUUGAAAAUAUCAAAAUUAAAUUAGAAAAUAUUACAAAAACACUAAAUUUUGAAGAAUUUACAGAAUGUGAAACUUAUAUUCAAUCAGCUACAAAUUAUAUUAGUAAUAUGAAAUUGAAAUGUAAUAAUAAUAUUAAAUCAAUAUCGAAUACAUCAUCAUCUUCAUCAUCAUCAAAUGUUAAAAAAUUAUUAAUUGAAUAUAACACAUUAAAAAGAUUAAAUCAGUUAUCAUUGAAUUUAUUACAAACAAAAGAAUUAUUAAAAGAUUGUAAGAUAUUACAAGAAUAUAAAGAUUCAAGUGUUGAUAUAAUUGAUAUUUAUUGUAAAAUUAAGCGUGAAAUUAUAUAG